UAUAGCCUUUGGACCCAGUCUCUAGCUGCUUUUAGCAACGCGGGUGUAUUUACAAUGCAUACACUAGCUUUGAGGCCAAUUGUAUUGGGUUGCACAAAAACAGUGCGCAGGAAGCGAGUUAAAUACAAUUCCAUUUCGACUUACUGUGAUGGUCGGUUGGUCACUAUGACGGGGAAUAUAAAUAAAUAAUAGUUAUGCACAUGCGUCAUGUGGUCAAAAAAUGGAACAACUUGUGGGGGGACUUUUAUUUUGACAUGAGGUAAGCAGAGAAGUAAUGGGUCUAUAACAGACCCACGUUUGGAAGGUCUCUAAUUCCCUGUUUUUGUGCAACCCAAUACAGUUGGGAGCAACGCUAGUGUAUGUAAAUACACCCCCGUUGAUAAAAGCAGCUACCCUCUUCCAAGUACUGAUGUAAACAAACAUGCAAUAAUCAUUACAAGCAUGGCAGUUGCAUAACUUAAACCAAGGAUCCUCUCAGAAUCUAAUGAUGAUUUGUAGCCUAUUUGUUGUAUCCAGAGUCGUAUAGAGAUGCCAACCUAUACUGGUUGUGGUGAAAUCAGUGGGUUUAAUCCUUGGUCAUGUCCAUAUUCUACAACCCCUUUUAUUUUGCCCAGUAAAUGCAUAGAUAGGGAUCUCUUGCUUCCAUCAAUCCAGCAUUUCCAAUGGUGAUGACUCAUGAAGGAAAGAAGAAGAUGAGAGGAAAGUGCUAGUAGUGAAUCAUUAAUCCAUUUGUUUAUUUACUCAUUUGUUUAUCCCAGGCCUUGGAUGUGGGGACUUGAAUUAGUAUAUGGAUUGGGACUAUAUCCCUGUGUUUUGUCCUCCUAGACCCAGUAGAGUUCUUCAGACAGCGGAACCAUGGCAGCUGUGGGGACAUGGGGUUUCUCUCAGCCUUCCGUGGAGAGAAUACGGUCCCUGAUUACUGCUGGAGGACACGCCACAGAUGCUGUAGAGGAGGCCAUGGCAGAUGUUGAAGAUGAUCCAAAGACUGGGCUUCACAUUGUGGGGAGGGGAGGAUUCCCUAACAGUGGGGGAGUGUUGGAGUGUGAUGCUGCCAUCAUGGAGGGCAUCACUGGCAGGUUCGGGGCAGUCGCAGCACUACGGGGGGUUGGGGCUCCGGUGCGGGUGGCUCGUAGGGUGAUGGACAGAAGCCCCCACAGUCUGCUUGUUGGGGAGGGAGCAGUAGCUUUUGCCAGAGAGCAGGGCUUUACUAUAGAGCCCAAUGACAACAUGCUGAGUGCACACUCAGCCAAGGCUUACCAGGAAUUUCUGGAACAGAAGCAAAGUGUCAGUGGACAUGACACACUUGGACUUAUAGCGUUAGACAACAUGGGGAACAUAACUGUUGGAGUUUCUACUUCAGGGGCCCCCUUCAAAUCACCAGGGAGGGUGGGAGACUCACCCCUACCUGGAUGUGGCCUAUACGCUGAACACAUGGUGGGAGCUGCAGCUGCCACAGGUGAUGGUGAUAAAAUAAUGUGUCAUUGCCCAAGCUUCCACGCUGUUCAACUGAUGAAACAGGGGUCAUCACCCAACAUGGCCUGUUACACUGUCCUGGAUGACAUCAUCAGGAGGACUGCCCCGGACAAGUGCUUUGAGAUUGGACUCAUCGCCCUGAACGUGAAGGGUGAAGUAGGGGCUGCCUCUUCAGUGGAGUUUCCCUACACAUUCUGGAUCCAGGGGAAGGACUAUGUGGAAACAAGUACUCAGCUUCCAAAUUCCACAGAAAUGGAGGGCACAGAAAAAUUUGACACAUGUACAGUAAAAUAAAGGGUGUGUCAUUGUUAACAGUGAUGUCUUGAAUUGUAUUGAUAGUAAUUGAUAAUAAACUAUUUUAUGUUUACUA